GCCACCUUGAGUGGUACCUUAAAAAUGCAUGAAAACCUACUGUCGGAAAUGUUUUUUUUAUUUAAUCUAAGGUAGGCAGAGUAACAAAUGGGUAACCUGAUGGUAAGUGGUCACAAACUUUCAUAGAUAUUGUAAUUGUCUUAAUCCAAUGUUCUCUUCCUUGUACCCGUAGUUACACAGACGCACUCACCAUUCAAACCGGAUCACAACAAUACAAAGUAUUGCUGUUUAGCGGUAGAAUAUAUGAUGAGUGGUACCUUUGUGUAACCUACGUAGAAUACUUACAUGAAGCCCUACCACCAAGUAAAGUUUGUAUAAAUCACAAAUAGGCUUAACUCAUAAAUUACUUUUCAAUAUUAUAAUAAACAAUUUAUGUAAAUAAAAAUAUAUGUUUAGAUUUAUUUGAAAUAAAAUAUACGUAUUUUAAACGUAAAAUGUUUUAUACUCACUAAAGUUGUAAAAUAUAAUUUUAUGAACGAGUUACAAAAACUUUUGUUGAAAUAAAACAUGUUUUUUCGUUUGGUUAAGACUUCAUUUAUAUUCAACUGCAUAUAUUUAAUUGUAGCAAUACCUCAACCAGACGGUUUUAACCCAGAAAUAAAUGACCAAUUCGAAAAAACAACAACAAUAGACGAUAAACCUUAUAAAUUCUUAAACUCUAAUGUUAUUGAUGAAAAUAUAGAAAUACCAGACAAAGAGAUCGAAUCCCCUAGAAAAAAUAACUCAGAACUAUCCAAUGUUCAAAAUAACGUCAUACUGAACUUUUAUAAUAAAAUAACGUUCUCCAUAAAAACAUUUUUUAAUACACCGAAAAUAAAAACUGUUCUCACAAAUAUUGGAACAUGUAUUGUCAAUGGGGUGAUGGAAAUCGUUUCCUUCUAUUUACCUGCACCAUUAAUACCGCUUUUAGCAAGCGCAGCUGGUAUGAUAAUACCAUUCGAACCGGUAGUGACGUUGAGAAGACAAAUGCCAGUAACGAGUUAUAGGAGAGCUUUAAAAACAGCUGUGAAUGGUUUUCUAAAUACAUUCAAUGUUUAUAAAUUCGAUAACGAAGACGAAGACCCGUAUAUGACCAGGCGAUUCAAUAGGAGAUUUAUGGAUGGUCCUAAAGAAGACGUCAAUAUAAGCAAACCUUUUGAUGAAUAAAGUACAUAAUAAGCCUUAA